GUUUUGUUGACUUUGAUUUGUCCCGCCAACUUUUUUACAGGGCAUUCCACAGGGGAAACUGCGGGAAGCUCAAGUUGCAGCUUGACUCGCGAGACGGCCACAGCUUCGAUACCAGCAAACCUUGAACACUAGUAGAACUCUUGAAGGCCGCGAUCAUGUCUUUGAACAUUCCCAACGCGCCGAAUGCCGGCUUGUUCAAACAGGGAUACAAUAACUACGACUCCGAAGAUGGAGCUGUUCUCCGCAACAUGGACGCCUGCCGUGCCAUCUCGUCGACGGUCCAGACGUCGCUUGGCCCGUACGGCCGCAACAAGAUCGUCAUCAACCACCUGCAGAAGAUGAUACUUACUUCGGACGCCGCCACCAUCUUGCGCGAGCUCGACGUGGUGCACCCCGCCGCCAAGCUGCUCGUCAUGGCCAGUCAACAGCAAGAGGCCGAGAUGGGCGAUGCCACCAACCUUGUCAUCGUUCUGGCCGGUGAGCUGCUCAAGAAGGCCGAGGACCUAUUACGCAUGGGCCUGAAGACGUCCGACAUUGUGACCGGCUAUGAGCGAGCGCAAAAGAUUGCCCUUGACACCCUCGAGGAGCUCGAAAUCGACAAGGUGGAGGAUUUGCGGUCGCAGGAGGAGCUGAGCAAGGCCAUUCGAACCGUCAUCGCUAGCAAGCAGAACGGUAACGAGGACUUUUUAGCCAACCUCGUCGCUGAGGCAGUGCUCUCGGUGCUCCCCAAGAACCCGGCCAACUUUAACGUCGACAACGUUCGCGUUGUCAAGAUUAUGGGUGGGAGCUUAGAACAGAGCCGUGUUGUCAAGGGAAUGGUGUUCCCCAAGGAGCCUGAUGGAUCGGUCAAAAAGGCCAAGAAGGCCAAAGUCGGCGUUUUUACGUGUCCAGUGGACAUCAGCCAGACUGAGACCAAAGGUACCGUGCUAUUACACAACGCAAAGGAGAUGUUGGACUUUACAAAGGGCGAAGAGAACCAACUUGAAGCGAUUAUCAAGGAGCUUCACGACGUCGGCCUGCGCGUCAUCGUGGCGGGCUCUACAGUGGGCGAGCUGGCCAUGCACUACCUCAACCGUUACGGUAUCCUGGUCAUCAAGAUACUCAGCAAGUUUGAGCUGAGAAGGGUCUGCAGAGUCGUCGGCGCAACCCCGCUUGCCCGGCUGGGGGCUCCCAUGCCUGACGAGAUGGGCAGCAUUGACGUGGUUGAGACGCAAGAGAUUGGCGGCGACCGGGUGACCGUCUUCAGACAGGAGGACGAGGCGACAAGGACAGCAACGUUGGUCCUCCGCGGCGCCACCCAGAAUCACCUUGAUGAUAUUGAGCGUGCCGUUGACGACGGCGUCAACGUCGUCAAGGCCAUUACCAAGGACGCCCGUCUUGUGCCUGGCGCGGGCGCUACAGAGAUUGAGCUCGUUGAGAGGAUACAGGCUGUGGGAGACAAGACGCAAGGGCUAGCGCAGUAUUCCAUCAAGAAGUACGGUGAAGCAUUUGAGGUGGUGCCGAGGACCCUGGCCGAAAGUGCCGGUUUGGAUGCUACUGAGGUUCUCAGUCGGCUGUAUGCCGCCCAUCAGAAGGAAGACGGCUGGUCCACGGGUGUCGAUAUCGAGAACCAAGACCACUCGGGCACCUUGGACGCCGAGGAACAUGGCAUCCUGGACUUGCUGGUGUCCAAGCAGUGGGCUAUCAAGCUUGCCACCGAGGCUGCCCGGACGGUUCUCUCUGUUGACCAGAUUAUUGUUGCUCGGCAAGCUGGCGGGCCGAAGCCCCCAGGGCCUAACCCGAACUGGGAUGAGGACUGAGGACGAGCACAUCUGGUAUAAGUCUGCCGCUCGUGUGAUGGCGCACGAAAAGGGCAUGUUGCAGCUCAGGGCGCGAGAAGAUGCAGCACCCCAAGUCUAGAGCAACGAUGUCUAUAGAAAAAUUUAAUGUACUUGGACUGAUGGAAACCGUGCUUUGAAGCCUUGUGGUUGAGAUGCCCUCGCUUUUUCCCCUUUCUGCUUCCACGAACAGGGCUGAUCACAACAAGAUGGCCUCCUUGGCC